CUGUUUUUAGGUGACAGUCUUAAGAGCAUCUCUAUCCUUGUCGAGGAGCUAGUUCCCAUCGCCGCUCUUCACCAAACUGAUGAGGCUCUAACUGAUGAUGAAAAGCAACUAGAAAAUGAUCGACCCACCGGUCGACGUUCAGGUCGUCCGAAUGAGGAUGACGUUGAAGACGAGAGUAAUAUAGUGGAGGAUACGGUCACAGGAGAUCGGCUAAAGACGUUUUUCCGAUCCCGAGUUCAGCCCAAAAGUCGUCCCAGGAUUGAAGCUGAAACCGUGCACUCCAGCCGCCUGCCUGAAGUUGAGACCGAAGCGAUGAGAGCUGCUCGAUUAUCUCGUUUAGCCGUCCGGCGCGACGGUGCAUUUAGGCGCUUUGCCGAUUGUUAUCUUGAGGAUGAGGAUGACGAGGACGACGACUACGAAGAGGAGGAAAAUAAUAAUGAACAAGAGGAUGGAUAUGAUGACGAGUUGGAAGGAGGUCGAGAUAGGCUCAAUAAAACUCGCCAGCCUAGAAGAGAGGCGUUAUCAGAGGAAGACGAUGAUGAAGAGGACGAGGAAGAAGAUGACGAAGAAGAUAUUGAGAACUGGAAUAGUGAGGAUGAUACCAGUUCGUCGGAUGAAGAUAGCCUGACUCGAGGUAAAGGCAGGCAGCUUGCAGACGAGGAUGAGGAUGAGGACGACUCUUUCGACAGUGGUGCCUCUGAGGAUAGCGGUGGGAUCAGUUCGCGUGACCGCGCAUCGCAAGCACAGCGUGGGCGUCGUUGUACCGACUUCGUGGCCGAGACCCAAUCGAUGUUGACCUCAGGUCUCGCUGACAUAUCAAGUUUGGCUGGCUCAAAUCAAUUACGACCUCAGCAACAUCAGCUACUGCAGGUGCAACAGGCGCAUUCGCUACAAUCGCAAUCAAUGCACAUGGGCCGCUCAACAAGUCUUGGUGCUACUUCGUGGUCCAGGAAGGCUGUAGCCUCAGGGGCCUCAAAGCGGGCCCGUGUGAUCACCUACCAUGGCGAUGGGUCUGCUGAUACGUUGUUCGGAACUACAUCUUCGAGUCCUCAUAUGACCCAUCACGCUCAAAAUCGGGUGCAGGUAUACCAUCUUCCACAGCAGCAGGCUAAUUUGAACGUUUUUAUGCAGCCCUGCCAACCGGCAAGUGUGACUGGUUCUCAGACACCCUUAUUGCAUGUUCAAAUGCCUCGUACGCUCAGACCUCCAAUAUCCACCACUUCUAUCAGCAGCAUUUCUAAUACUCGUCAACAAAAUCCUCUUAUUAUGACCUCUCCCCGACUCACUCCACUUGUCUCUGGGGUUGGUUUUGCUGGUACCUGUGCCAGCGCCUCUGCUUCCACAUCUGUUGUAUCUACAGCCUCUAGUAUUAGCCCUUUGCCACCACAACUCGGACUUGGUCCGCAAACUCUUGCAACUGGACUGGCUUCGGGAUCUGGGGCUGUGCGCAUCGUCUCUUUGCCUAGUCACCAUGCCUCCUCACCUGUCAGCACUUCUAUUUCCGCUAAUAUUGGCGGUCCCAACACAACUGCUAUCAGUAGUCUUGUACCUACAGCUGUCCAUACUCCAGUUUUGGUCUCAUCGGCGCCCUGCCUUGUAUCCGGUAGCACUUCAAGCAGUAUCUGCCUCGGCAGUCCUACUACUACAAUUACUACUAGUACGGCUGUUAUUCCUACUUCAAGCAUUGACAAUAAGAACAAUAGUAUUGUCACUUUGGACUCUUCUUUCAUGCCUCUACAGAUGGUACAAUCUGCGGGGAGCCCUGUCGUCGCCAAGGUCUGUUAG